AUGGCCCCAGAGUCUAAGACCCUGACGGCAUCCUGCCACUGCCGCAACGCACAUUUCUCUCUCACUAUACCCGAGAGUGACCUGCCACUCAAGGUACAUGUCUGCCACUGCUCCAUCUGCCGCCAAACCCACGGAGCCCUCUGUUCAUUCCAUUGCCCUGUUCCAUCCGGGGUCGAACCACAGUUCAUCGCGCCUUCUGGACUCGAGAAAUUAACCGGCUAUGCGCAUCCAUAUUCAGAAUCAACGCGGUAUUUUUGCACUAGUUGCGGCUGUCAUAUUGGCGACCGUAGCCAUGACAAUGGAGAUUGGUACAUCUCUGUUUCGGUAUUCGACGCCAACGCUAACGAGGGUUUGUGGGAGAUUGGCUCGCACGCUUUCACAAACUCCACACGGGAUGGUGGAAUGUCUGAACUCAUUCCUCAGAUCAGAGGCCAGAUGGUUCGGGUGUGGAAUCCGCAGGAGAGUCCGGUGUCCGAGGAAUUGCCAGUGGUUCCAGCUCGUGAGGACGAUCAACUACUGGCCCAAUGCCACUGUGGUGGCGUCUCAAUGACGAUAUCACGUCCUCACAGGGACUACUUGAGCGGCCCUGCAGGCCGUAAAUGGGUGCAUCCAUCCGAUAUCUCGAAGUGGCUUGCGCUUGUCGACGUCUGUAGGGGCUGUCGCCUGCUCACUGGUACCCACGCGAUUGCGUGGAUAUUGGUUCCGACGGACCAUAUCUCGCCGUCGCUAUCACGAGAUCUUCUGAUAGGGUCUUUGAAAAGCUAUGUGUCCAGCGAAGGGACUCUAGGUUCGUUCUGCGGGACUUGUGGUGCAACCGUGUUUCGUAGACACAUGAGUCAGCCAGGUAUUGUUGGUAUUGCGAUGGGUUUGUUACGUGCAUCAGAGGGUGUCAUGGCCACUGAUUGGGCAUGUUGGAGGACGACUAAACUAGAGAAUUCAGAUGAAGGAAUGAAGUAUGAUGAGUGGUUUACGAAAGGAUUAGAGAAGGGUCUAGUUGAUUGGAGGACUAGAAAAUACGGCACUAUGCAGGAUCUAGCGGUGGGGUUAGAGGAUUAUGAGUCUUGGUGUGAACAUUAA